AUGUCAAGCGCAUCGAGCAUUCUAAGCCGCGACCCUCGUGCCAUGGAGAAUGACCCUCUCCUGAUCAUAGUCCGAUUCUCGGCUUCAAUACCAGAUCUCCGUCUCGACAUCGAAUCCCCUGAAACCACCACAUCCGCCGGACUCAAACAAGCAAUCCGCGCACGCCUCCCAUCUAGUCUAUCAUCGCACCGUCUCCGCUUGAUCUACGCUGGCCGUGGUCUCGAAGACACCACACCCCUCGCUCUCUCAUUAAAGUUACCUCCCCCCCCAACACGAUUCUCCCGAUCAACAAUAGACACACUUGAGAACCAUGGAGACGGCGACAAGACCGGUAAAAAAGAUAAAGGGAAACUGCCCGUCCGCGAGCCGCCCCGGCUAUACGUCCACUGCUCGAUCGGCGACAUCGUCCUGAGCGCCGCUGAUCUCGCCACCGAAGCCGCCGCUGCCUCAACGCUUCACGAAGGGCAAGAUUCACAGACUGAGGCGGGGAACCUACGGAAUGCGCAGCGCCAUGAUCAGUCCUCUACGGCACCCGCUCCGCGCGGCUUCGACCGCCUCCUCUCAGCGGGAUUCACAGCAGCCGAAGUUGCUGCCCUUAGGUCGCAGUUUAUGGCAAUUCAGUCGGUUUCGCGCACUCCUGACACGAUGCCUAGUGGGGCGGAGCUGCGCGAACUCGAGGAUAGGUGGAUGGAUGAGGGGACGUCGGCGAUGGCGGCGGGAGCGGUUGGUGGCGCCGAGGGAGUCGUGUUUACGGAUGACGAUGGUGGAUUUGGAACCGGGUCGCGGGGUGCGAUUGACGAUAUGCUCUGGGGUGCCGUUAUGGGCUUUUUCUGGCCCGUCGGUUGUGCGAUGUGGCUGCGGAGGGAAGAAGGUGUCUGGAGCUGGCGGAAAGGGUUGGCGGUGUUUGUGGGCGUGGUGGUCAAUAUUGCAUUUGGCGCGAUGAGGAUUAUGAACUGA